AUGAAAGCGGAGACGAUGCUUAACUCCUCCCAGCCCGGUGGACCGCGCACCCCCUUCAAGAGCGAGGGCAUGAGCGGCGAGGAGGUCGCGCAGAGCACGGAAAAGGCGGCGAAGGCGUCGAAGGCGCUAGCUGGGAUGCAUCCGUUCCCUACUGAAGAUGCAUCCUUCUACUGUUGGGAUGCAUCUGUGUGCAGUUGGGAUGCAUUCGUGUACCGUGGUUCGGAUGCAUCCGUCGGGCGGUAG